AUGGCCGACGAAAAAUGGCUCCGCGUGAAAUUCGAAACCAUCGACGUGAUUCAAUGCGAAUACAAUGAGAUAACUGAGGACGAUGAAUGCGUUGUGGUCUUCAAUAAUAAUUUGAAACUGCCGCAGACCGCUGCGUCGCUAGUUGCAUCAGGUACGCGCGAGUAUGCGGCCUACGUAUUGCGGCAGACGGCGCGGCGGCCGCGAGUCUCGCCCGCGCGGAUUCCUUCGCAUCUAGCCCCUGCCUAUCGC